AUGAUGACGUCAUCGUCAGAGAAUUCUUUUCAGCAUCAUGUUAAAUUUGAUUCCCCGUUGUCUUCAGGGUUUGAGCCCACGCGUAACGGUCCCAGUCGGCCACCCGGUCUUCUCGUCCCUCCCUAUUCGUUGGAUAACGCGCCCCAACCACAAAAUGAGGGGAAAAUUGGCGUAACAAACAACGAGACGUAUUCGUCCUUAAUGUCAUACGAAAGAAAUCCGUCGCCGUCAUAUCAUGCAGAUCCAUACAUGCACGCUCUCUUUCCCUACUGUCGGCAAAUGCCGCAAAACGCCAUCUACUCUGUAGCGUUUCGAAACGCUGUGAAUACUACGACACCCGCUUCAAAUGUAUUGCAUACGGGCUCUUUUUCAGCGGGGAGGGGGCUGCCUGCUCCUUAUCAUAAUACGGGGAUGCCACCGCCGCCACUCUCAUAUCAAGAGCAAACUCAGCAGCAACCGCGACUCUACCCUCGCGAGACUGCUGCUGAAGCAUCUGACCAAGCGGGCAACCCACCCAUGCGGCGGACGCGGCAACGCCAGGAGUCCACUUUUUGGGAGUUAUUUGAACGACUAUCCUACAGACCGAGCGGUCAGACCCGCCGCGGUGCCACAAACACUGGCACGCAGCGGCGUACCGGCCAGGGUCAUGAGGGAGGGAACCAUUCUUUUGGCGGUUGGCUGCGUCACUCCCGUCGAGUGGCCGAGUAUACACGACCAAUCAUACCAUCUUUUUCCCCUGUUCGUCCCCGCCCAGGAACUCCACCGCCGCCGCAAACGCUGUCGCGGGAGGCGCAAAGCUCACGAAUUGCGCUGCGUUUCUCUUCGAAUCAUCGACCAGCACGCCUUAGCGAGAUGUAUCUUUUUGAAGCCGCUUUUGCCCCCGAUGUGGACAAUAUGUCCUAUGAAGAGCUUUUGGAACUGGCGGAGCGCAUUGGGCGCGUUGAGUGCGGUGUGUCGCGUGAAAGAUUACAACAGCUACAGGUGGUGCUGCAACCGAUUCACUUUGGCGUAACGUCUUCAUGUCAAGAAAAAACGGGAACGGCAAGAGGGUCUGCGCCCUCACCGCAUGAUGUGCAACGAAUUCUGCAGGCACAUGAGGAGGAGUCUUUAACCUGCUGUGUGUGUCUGGACUCGUUUUCCGUUGGCAACGUGGCCACUCAACUGCCAUGCUGCCGCCACUUUCUGCACGAGGAUUGUUCUUCUCGGUGGUUUGAGAGCCAAUUUCGAUGUCCAAUCUGUACUCGUGAUGUACGUGAGACCGAAGACUAA